UCCCGGCUCAAAGCUGACAAGCUCUCCGGUCUCUCCGGUAAGAGCUCCACUUGGAAGGGACAUGGCACCUGCCUCUCGCCCCGUGGCGGUCGCCCUUGCGGCUCUGGCCGCAGUUCUGGCCUGGUCCAACUGGACGUCGAGCGGCUUCGUGCCGCCGCCGCAAGUGCCGGCGUCCCCACAGGACGCGCAGGACGUGGUGAGCGCUGUCUCUUUGGAUACGCUGCAGGACUGUGUUGAGGAUGGUUUGGACUCCGCGCUGACGGCGGUGGAUGACAUGUUCACCCAGGUUGACAACCUGGUGGGCCCUUCCCUGAACCCUCAGCUUCUGCCUGCUGGUGGUGUUCCUGCACAGAAGGAUGGCAUGCAGCAGGUCAUUGAGCCUUUGACCAAGCUCUACAUGAAAUACAGGACCGCCAUCUACCCACGAUGCAAGGAGUGUCAAAUUAUCGUGCGCUUCGGCAAGAUGUGGCGUACCUGCCGUGUGCGCCGUCACAAGGCUCGACAGCCGGGCGUGACCACGUUCAAAAAGAGGAUGAACAAGUACCAGGGGUGGAAGCAAAAUACCGCCCGAUGAGGCCUUCGGCAAUCUCUGAACCAAUCUGCCCACGGAACAAAAG